CGGCGGAACAGUGGCGCCGGAAUAGGUGCCAUCUCAGCUAUGGAAGAAGGGCUGCGCUGCGAAGCCCUACCCGGCGACGGCCACGCCGCGGACGGAGCAGAAGGCAGUGACGGCCACGCCGUCGACGGAACAGCAGGCAGCGACGGCCACGCCACCGACGGGGCAGAAGGCGGCGUGCCCGCGACGUCCCUGGGCGAUCGCGAGCAAGCUAUUCUGUCGUCGUCGAUCCUCAGAUUAAAUGCUCCUUCUGCGAAUCAUGAUGUUGCUUGUGAUCGUGGAGAAGAGGAACAACAAAUACCACAUGUUGGAGCAGUGGAGAUUGAAGUACCAAAUGAGGAUGUGGUUGAUAAAUAUGCUGAGAUGGCACCUAAAGUUGGAAUGACUUUUGACUGUGAGAAAAAAGCUUAUGAGAUGUACAAUACCUAUGCUGGACUUGUUGGCUUCAGUGUUAGAAAGAGCAGGACGAAGCGCCGCAAAUCAGAUGAUAGUUUAUCUUAG